AUGGCAGACAUGCAUCUGAUAUUCUUAGCUGAAAACGCAUGCGCUGUCUUCAUGUACAGCGAUGGCCAAAUAAAUCCAAGCACACAGGCAGACUUCUUCGCAAAAGGUGUGACCAGCGACUGGGUCCAGACUGAUGGUAGCGGUGACACAGCCAUCAGUGCCAGCACAUCGAUCCCUGUCCCCAGCGCUUCUGACGACGAUGACAGCGACGAGGAGGAGGAGGAGGAGGACGAUGACGAAAACAAGGAUCCCACGUACGAGCCGUUCAUCAAAGAAAGCUGUGUUGGGAAGGACACCUUCACAAGUGCAGAACCUGGGUACCAGGAGCGGAAGUUCUUGGUAUUCGAGAGUUGCCCCGAACAGCUGCUUUCUGUAUGCAAGACUUGCUACAGCCCUUGCGACGUCUCCACGAAGGGGGUUGGUACUCUACUCGUGGUACGGACCUCUUGCCCUGCAGGGCACACGAACCGCUGGGACAGCCAACCGCACAUCAACGGCAGGGGGAAGGGGAACCUGCUCCUCAUAUCUCUUUUGCUCUUCACGGGUGCCUCCCCAACCAGAACGCUGCGCCUGUUCCAGUUGAUGAACAUCCAGGUCUUCUCAAAAAAGACCUACUUCAACUACCAGCGAGCAAUUUUGGUCAGAGCUGUUGAAGAGGUGUGGAGAGACGAGCAAGAGAAGCUGAUGGAAGAGCUCCGUGACCAGCCCCUCGACCUCGCUGGUGAUGGGAGGUGUGACUCUCCUGGCUUUAGUGCCAAAUACCUCACGUAUUCCCUGCACGUGCCCUCUGUCAACAAGAUCCUGCACUUUGAGCAAAUUCAGGUUGGAGAGUGCGAAGUGGUGCGCUGCAGCGGGCACAUGGAAAAGGAAGGUCUUGUGCGGUCCCUUGCUUUCACAAGGGAAAACCUGCUCACUGUGCACUCCCUGGCCACCGACAGGCACCGUUCCAUCGGAAAACACAUGCGGGAAAAAGAACCGGCCAUCCUGCAUUACUUCGACGUAUGGCACGUCUCAAAAAGCGUCAAGAAGAACCUCAAUGCUGCAGGCAAGAGCCAGGACUGCGGGUCGAUUGCUGACUGGGCCCAACAAGCAGUGAACCACUUGUAUUGGUGUGCCGCAGCUAGCCAGGGCAACGCUUAA